GGCGUUCUUGACAAAGCAACACUUGCAAUGAUGGAGACUCCGAGAUGUUCCAUGCCUGACAUGGACUCAAGCGAAGGCAGAGCAAAACGAUUCGCUAUUGUUUCCAAAUGGAGAAAAUAUGUUUUGGACUACAAAAUAUUUAACUACCCAACAAAUGUUUUGGACUUGGUUCCAGAGGAUAUAGACCAAAUCAUUGCCCAGGCAUGGAGGAUUUGGUCUGACAAAGCAAAGAAACUUUCGUUUCCUAUUUCAAGCUCCCAAACUCCCACCAUAAGCAUUCGAUUUGUGGGAGGAGAUCACGGCGACAAAUAUCCAUUUGAUGGACCAGGCAAAAUUUUGGCUCAUGCUUUCUAUCCACAAAACGGUAAUGCCCAUUUCGAUGAUUCAGAAACUUGGAGUGACGGACAAGAAAAUGGAAAAAAUUUGGCCUGGGUAGCCUCCCAUGAAUUUGGUCAUGCUCUCGGCUUAGGACACUCCACUGUUUCGACAGCCCUGAUGUACCCAUACUACACUGGCUACAAAGAAAUUGUUCUCGACAAUGAUGACAUCAAUGGAAUUCUGAGCAUUUAUCCCAACUGA